CCUCUCCAAUUCUCUCAACCCAUCCAAAAACAAACAUAUUUGGUUCCUUCCAGCUUCCACAGGCCAUGUCUUUGCUGGAGAGUGCAGUAGUUGUGCUCAUGGCGAUGGCUGUGGUGCAUGUUUCCGAUGCAGCUGUGCACAAGGUUGGGGACUCUGCAGGUUGGACCACCAUUGGAAAUGUGGACUACAAGCAGUGGGCUGCUGCUAAGACCUUUCGAGUUGGUGACAUUAUCAUUUUCGAGUACAACGCUCAGUUUCACAACGUGAUGCGAGUAACGCACGCAAUGUACAAGACGUGCAAUGUUUCAAUCCCUUUGGACACCUUCACCACCGGAAAUGACUCAAUUACUAUCACCAGUAAAGGUCACCACUUCUUCUUCUGUGGCGUCCCCGGUCAUUGCCAAGCUGGUCAGAAGGUUGAUAUCAAUGUUAUGCCUCACAAUCUUUCGCCUGCUCCAACUCCGUCUGCAUCAGUAUCUCCUAUAGCCCCUGCCACUGGCGUGCCUGUUCCUUCUCCAAGCAAGGCUGCUCCGUGGAAUGUUUUGGAGGGUGGUUUUGGUUUGCUUGGGUUGGCUAUGGCAUUUUUUGCUCAUUUUGUGUGUGGAUAUGCUUAAUCAAGGUUUUUUGUGGAAUCUCCAAGAAUUUCAUUGUUUUGGGACUUGCGAGGGAAUAAUUUAGAGUGUGGUAAAUAUUGAUACUCAUUGAUCAUUAAUUAGAUCAUACAUAAACGUGUUACAAAUUUCCCAUAAUUGUAAUUCUUGUCUUUCUGGACUAAGACAUGAUACCAGUAUCCCUUGUAAUAUGAUGUUAUACAGAGAUUCACAAGGUUUUGAAGUUUUUAA